GGUCUUUUCGAUGCAUCCAGUUGAUCCCAUCCCACCCUAUGCCUGGUUGUCACCCUGCACGUCUCCACUCACAGCACCUCUGAACUGCUCAGCACUGCACUGAAGCGAUGUCCACUGAACGAUUUGAUUGCCAUUACUGCAAAGACUCGCUGCUUGGUAAGAAAUACAUUUUAAAAGAAGACACGCAAUAUUGCACCAAGUGUUAUGAGAACCUCUUUGCCAACUCCUGUGAAGAAUGCUCUUUGCCAAUUGGGUGCAAUUGCAAGGAUCUAUCAUACAAGGACCGCCACUGGCACGAGAACUGCUUCAAGUGCGCCAAAUGCAGCCGUUCCUUGGUGGAGAAAGCGUUUGCUGCUAAGGAUGAGUUGCUCCUCUGCACAGAGUGCUACUCCCAUGAGUACUCCUCAAAGUGCACUACCUGCAAGAAAACUAUCAUACCAGGCUCACGGAAAAUGGAGUACAAAGGAAACAGCUGGCAUGAGACCUGCUUUCUGUGUCAGCGCUGUCAGCAGCCAAUAGGAACCAAGUCCUUCAUCCCCAAAGAUAACAGCUACUUUUGCAUCCCCUGUUUCGAGAAGCAGUUUGCCUAUCAGUGCUGUGCCUGCAAAAAAGCCAUUACUACUGGUGGGGUCACUUACCAUGACAAGCCGUGGCAUCGGGAAUGUUUUACAUGCAUCGGAUGCAAGAAGCAACUGGCAGGACAGCGCUUCACGUCCAGGGAAAACUACCCCUACUGCCUGGAUUGCUUCAGCAACCUGUAUGCAAAGAAAUGUGUGGGUUGCACCAAACCCAUCACGAGUUUGGCGGGAGCAAAGUACGUCUCGUUCGAGGAGCGACAGUGGCACAGCGAAUGUUUCGCCUGCAUGCAGUGUUCCGUGUCUCUGGUGGGCCGCGGCUUUCUCACCGAGCGCGACGACAUUCUCUGUACUGAAUGCGGCCGUGAGAAGUGACCUCACAUGGUGAAUCGCGGCUCCGCACUGUGCAAACGUGGCAUCCAACCUGAGCCGACCGAGUCCCGCUGUCCAAGCCGACAGACUUUACCUUCAGACUUGUUUGCAGAGCCGUUUUUUUCACUGCGAAGCUAAUGUAUGGCUUUUACUAUACACUGGGGCAUUUCAGUUUGAAUUACAAUAACCUGUAUUUGUUAAGUAGAUUUGAAUUAAGUCUGUAGAAAAAAAAUUAGAUUUUGUUAUUCACAGAAUUUGUUCUUUCGUGGCAUCUCUAUAAGUUAGCAGGGUACUUUUGAGCAAUUGUCAACAUCUACUGUAAAAUAUUUCAUUUGCAAAAUAAAAAUGCUUACUGGUGUUGGAAGAUCUGUCACUCUUUGAAAAAUGAAUACAUUCGCUUACACAUUCCACAUUCUCUGUA